UUAGCGAGUGUCUGCUUGAAAAGGGAUGGUUGCCGUCUCCGGGGCAUGGUGCACAUGUCCACAGAGAGGGCUUUGAGUGCUGCCUCUGGCAUGCAUGCCAUAGGUUCGCUACCACUGUUAUACUCUUUAGCUGCUUUUGUAGUGUUUAUUUCCAGGUCUGGCCUACCUCACAGGGCUGAAAAACAUAGAAAACUAAGUAAAUUCAGACAAGUUAUUUUCUUUUAGCCCAGCUUAGCCCAUAUACCAGCAACUUAAUAUUUCAUGGAACACAUGUAACACAUACCAGAAGCUUAAUAUUUCAUGGAACUUUGACUUGGUUGUGUGAACUCAGUUUUUGUGGUCUAUAAAUGAUAGCUUAUUUAUUAUACAGUCCCAACUAAUUAUUGCUUAGUAUGAUAUCUGAAUUAGGUGUUAGUGCCAUGUUACCAUGCCUCAUUAUGACUUGAACUUAAAAAGGGAUAGGUUUUCUAGGAAUAGAUUGUUCAUCUUUAACAAAUUAAGGCAAAUAUAUGUGUCCCACGUGUAUCACACCUUCUGGUGAGAUAGAAGUCCCCUGAGGAUGGGCUCUAACAUGAGUCUAAAAGCUCGGAAGAUUAAACCUCUGGUCCCAGUGACUGAUCCAGAUUGGAUCCUGUUCAUCUUUGAGUUUGCAAGUUCCACGCACACCUAGACUACAUCUUCCAGGAAUUAAAAAUUUUGUUAUCAGCAUCCUCCAUAGUGCCUGAAAAUAGUAUAACACUAAUUCUUGAAGUAGAAAUUGUAAGAGAUACAGCUUUUUAUCUUACCUUCAAUAGCAGGCUGCUAUAAUUGUUCAUAUUACUUCAAAUUACUUAUACCAUUUCACCCCACCCAGAGGUGGAGAUAGAGUAGUUAAGAUAGCUUAAUUUCCGGCCUGUGAGUAGGUUGCUCAACUUGCCCCACUGAAGAGCUGGGGGUGGAGUGAGAGAAGGACAACACUCAGCUGCUCAGGUCUCUUUGGCAGUCUGCUUGAUAUUGAGCAACGUUCAAGAGAUUGUUCCUUUGGUCCUCUGCAAAAGUCUGCAAAGGUGCUUGACUUGAGCAUCACAGUCCAGUGUGCUGUUCCUCUAUACCUGAUCUGCACAAAGGCUGGAUGACUGAAAGCUGCUAGUCCUGGACAAUGCUGUGUCUCUGUUGCUCCCAGAUUGUGCUUCUAUUUCUGUUGCUGAAAGGUGUGGAAAACACUGAUGCUCAAAAAGUCUGUGGGCGCCCCAAAAUACAUUCCCCUCGAAUUGUUGGUGGGAAGAAUGCUGAAGAUGGAGAAUGGCCAUGGCAGGCCAGCAUACGAGAAAACAGACUUCACAUCUGUGGUGGAAGUCUCAUUUCCUCCCAAUGGGUGGUGACAGCUGCUCAUUGCUUUGACGGGCCACUAGUUCCAUCUAAGUAUCGAGUGAAUCUGGGGGAGUACGAACUCCCCAAACCAGCACCCACCAUGGUCUCAUCUGCUAUAAGCCUGAUUGUAGUACAUCCAUAUUAUGCUGGAGUUGGGCUGAGUGCUGAUAUUGCGUUGGUGAAACUAGAGGAGCCUGUCCAUUUCUCCCGAACCAUCUUGCCUGUCUGCUUAUCCACUGUUGCAGAUCCUGAACCUUUCCCUGCAGGGAUGAAAUGCUGGGUCACUGGCUGGGGGGACCUUUAUCCAGAUGCCUCUUUCAUCACUCGGAUUUUGCAGAAAUUGGAAAUGCCAAUCCUAGAUGUUGAUAAGUGUGAUGAAAUGUACCAUAAUGACUCCAGCAGCUCUGACACAGAUACUGAAGUUCUGCCAAAAGACUAUAGACUAAUCUAUGAUGACAUGAUCUGUGCUGGAUAUCCAGAAGGAAAGAAAGAUUCUUGCCAGGGUGAUUCUGGGGGACCCCUGGCUUGCAAGGUGAAUGGUACGUGGUUUCUAGCUGGGAUUGUGAGCUUUGGAGUAGGUUGUUCUGAACCCAACCGACCCGGAAUCUAUACCAGAGUAACUUCUUAUAUGGACUGGAUUCAACACACUAUAGAAAAGAACUCAGCUUCCAGUGGUGGUGUCCCUCAUCCCAGUGAGACUUCUGUUGUCUUCUCAUUAUUAAUCUUUCUCCUGAGCACUUUCCAUGUAAGUGCUGUUCACUUAUAAUCUGUUGGAAAUGUAAUUGUAACACAAGUAUCACUUAAUAUAAUAUUACCUUUCAACUACAAUGUAAAAAUACCUAGUUUCAAAGGGAAAAAUAUAACCCCCAUUGUGCAGAAUGGAAAAUUUCCUGGAGAUCUGACUACAUUAACCUCUUGUUACCUUCUUCUUAUUAAUCAUUCUCAGAAUUAUGACUUAGGUAUACAUUUGAUAAUAAAUAAAUUAUAAAAAAAA